UUACUCAAGGCUUACCUGAAAAUUCCAGUGGAGCGCAUGGCCUGAAAAAGCGCCGCAGAUCAAAACAAAGCCUCUUUUUCCUGGGAAUUUUCUCAGCAAACCCUCCAUCGGACUGGCCAGAGUGAAUCUCCGUGGUUAAGAUGAAACUCAUCACGUACAACUUCCUCACAUCGAAAUUCAUCCGAGGAGUCAAAGUUGGCUAUCCUCUGAAGCUGAAUGUCGUCCAGAAGGAAAUAAAGAAUGCCGAAUACAACCCAGAAUUUAUCACAAGGAUGAUCCCCCGGUUAGACUGGUCAGGAGUUUGUUUUGCUGCCGAACAGGUGGGCUGUGGCGGAGAUUUACCCAAAGAAUUCAGUGAUCAAAUCACAAGUGACACAGAAAUCCUUCAGAGAUUGCAUCACAUCCUCCUGGAAAUAGACAUAAUCGAGGGGAACCUGCAAUGUCCGGAAACUGGGAGGGUUUUUCCCAUUUCAAAUGGCAUUCCCAAUAUGUUGCUCAACGAAGAGGAAGUCUAAAAGCAUCCUCGGUUGUAUUUCCAAAAAUAACAAAUGCAAAAAUAAAAAUCCCUAUAACAAAAAA